CGUUGUUUCGCCACUCAAAGCUUUUGCAGCUGGUCACUCCAGCCUCCUGGGACUUUGACUCGCCUGACCGCGGAGCUCCUGACCGAGGGUGUCCGGGGAUGCCGCUCGGACGCUUUCUACGUGGAGCUUAAACCCGCCCCGCUGCCGCCCGGAUGGGACCGCCGGAGUGCUCUAAAGUCUGCAGUGAAUAUUGAAUCCUGAGGAAUUUGGGUAAAGACAUUCCAUGGAUCCCUUGGGUGCACCUUCCCAGUUUGUGGACGUGGACACACUACCAAGCUGGGGCGACUCAUGGGAAGAUGAAUUAAAUACUUCUGAUACUGCAGUUGAAACGUUUCAGGAAGACACUAUUAGAUCACCUUUUCUUUACAAUAAGGAUAUCAAUGGGAAAGUGAUUCUUUGGAAAGGAGAUGUGGCAUUACUGAACUGUACAGCCAUUGUGAAUACCAGCAAUGAAAAUCUUACAGAUAAGAACCCUGUGUCAGACAGUAUUUUUAUGCUCGCAGGACCUGAUUUGAAGGAGGACCUCCAGAAACUUAAGGGUUGCCGGACAGGUGAAGCAAAAUUGACAAAAGGAUUUAAUCUAGCUGCCCGGUUCAUCAUUCAUACAGUGGGACCUAAAUACAAGAGCCGCUAUCGCACAGCUGCUGAGAGUUCUCUGUACAGCUGCUACAGAAACGUGCUUCAGUUGGCCAAAGAGCAAUCAAUGUCUUCUGUGGGAUUCUGUGUCAUCAAUUCUGCAAAACGAGGUUACCCUUUAGAGGAUGCAACACACAUAGCCCUUCGCACUGUAAGGAGAUUCCUAGAAAUUCAUGGAGAGACCAUUGAAAAAGUAGUAUUUGCUGUUUCUGAACUAGAAGAGGCUACUUACCAAAAGCUGCUACCUCUGUACUUCCCAAGGUCACUAAAGGAGGAAUACCGAUCAUUGCCAUAUCUACCUGCAGAUAUUGGAAAUGCAGAAGGGGAGCCUGUGGUACCUGAACGACAGAUUAGAAUAUGUGAAAAACCUGGUGCCCCGGAAGACACCCAAGAAGAGGAAGCUGAAGGCUUGGGAGUUGACCUCUCUUUCAUCGGCUCUCAUGCUUUUGCUCGAAUGGAAGGAGAUAUUGACAAGCAAAGACGACUGAUCCUUCAGGGACAGUUAUCAGAGGCAGCCCUGCAGAAGCAGCAUCAAAGAAAUUACAAUCGCUGGUUAUGUCAAGCAAGAUCUGAGGAUCUAUCUGAUAUUGCUUCUCUAAAAGCCUUAUACCAAACAGGUGUUGAUAACUGUGGUCGCACAGUGAUGGUGGUAGUUGGAAGAAACAUUCCUGUCACAUUAAUAGAUAUGGACAAGGCUCUUUUAUAUUUUAUCCAUGUAAUGGAUCACAUUGCUGUGAAAGAGUAUGUAUUAGUAUAUUUUCACACACUGACCAGCGAAUACAAUCACCUGGACUCUGACUUCCUGAAGAAGCUCUACGAUGUUGUUGAUGUCAAAUACAAGAGGAAUUUGAAGGCUGUUUAUUUUGUUCAUCCAACAUUUCGUUCAAAGGUAUCAACAUGGUUUUUUACCACCUUUUCUGUCUCGGGACUGAAGGACAAAAUCCACCAUGUGGACAGCCUCCACCAGCUAUUCUCUGCCAUAUCACCAGAACAGAUUGACUUUCCUCCUUUUGUCCUUGAAUAUGAUGCCAGGGAAAAUGGGCCUUACUAUACGUCUUAUCCCCCAUCACCAGAUUUGUGACCUGCCAUCUUUUAGUGCUACUGGUUUCCAAGGACAUCACUUUCUCCACGAAUCGCUACCUAUUGAAGUGAAAUUCAUUUUUGCUGUUCAGAUCCAGAGAGCCUUUUGUCCCCCACCUCUCUGGUAUUUUUUUAUUGACUGUAUAUUUUCUGGCACAUAAGCAAUCUGACAAUGGUAGGCCGUUCUGAACUGCACACUUAUUUUAAAUUUGUAUAUUUGUAUCAAAAGAAAAUGUUCAUUUUUAGAGGGCUGUUAAUAGAAAUUGGGGAGCAACUUUUGAGUAUCUUCAGUUUCCUGAAAGGACACUGGAUUUCCCAUUAGACAAGCCACCAGUGUUGUUCACACUGUUUCUUUAACGUUGCACGCUUCCUUUGUGUACUUAAGUGUUUCUCAAAAUAUAUAGAACCAGUGUAUGCUGACCGUAUGCAUUGUUUCCUUCAGAUCCUGGCAUUACAUUUCAUACAGAUAAUUUGGUUAUGGUAGAAGAAAACUGUCUGGGAUCAAGGAUGUGGAAAUGCAUCUGAUCAAAACAUUGAAAUCAUUAGCAAAAUAUGGGUCUUAGAAUCUUACUGCACCAGUGAAGAUUAAGAUUUUGGAUUAAAUGUUUUGUUAAAAUUGUCACUGUUCCAGUCUCAGCAGUGGGGGAAAAUAAGAAAACGGUAUCUUCUGCCUUUUUCCUGUAUUCGUGGGUGAUUUGGUGUCCUUUUUAAAGGACUGCACUCAUUAGUACUUUUACGUGAAAGGCAUCUCCUGGACUCCAUUACUGAGCCUUUAGAGAGGGUGCUGUCUCCCCAGAGUUGUGAUUUUGUUGGGCUUUACAGCUGCUGCCUCUAAGGACAUGUCCUCACAGUGUCUCUAGAGUUGCCUACGUUAAAAUGGAGGAAGUGUGUUACAGUGAACAAAAUUGCAGACUGCUGUUGCCACUCAGGCUCUAUUUGUGCCUUAGCUUGCUUAUGAAUAAAAAUUAGAAUUAUGAUACGGACCUUACAGAGGUAUCAUAAGGCCAGCAUGUAGAAAGGGCUUGUGAUGUCUUCGGAUGCAAAAAUGCCAGGGGAGUUUGUGUAGGUGUCACUUCAGUUAGUUUUUAAGUGGUACUAAAUGUACUUGAGCGUACUACGAGGCAUUCCUCUUGGCCUUGGCACAUUUUGAGUGUCUAACAGCUCUUGUCCUAAGCUCUUGUCUUAGGACAAGAGCUGUUACUAAAAAAUCCCAACUCUGAGGAACUUCUUCCUACUUUGUCCAGAAUUUCUUCUUGCCUCCUCCUCCCCCAGUGCUACACUUUAACAAGAGGCAUCUGUUAGCCAUUUUAAACAUUUCUUCUUGAAUUGAGGUCAAACCAGUAUCAUUUCCAUCUGGGUGUCUUCAUAAUUCUUUUUGAUUCCUACACCCACCCACCCCCAUCUCCCUCACUCCAUCAUGUACAUUGGCAGUUCAGAGAAGAAAAAGUAGAACUGUUCUGUUCUAAUGUGUUCAGGAUCAGUGCUUCCAAAGGUCCCAUUCCUCUGUGCCCAAAUUAAUUCUUAAGUGGAUAAAAGAAACACUUCUUUUAUGACAGAGAAAUCCCCCUAUAGUUGUAUUAGCCCCGUUCUCUGUUUUCCCCUACAAACAAAAAGGGGCUUAACAUUCCUUCAAUAGGCCCUCAUAUCUUUUGCAUGGAACAGACACAUUUGCUCUGUGUCAGACAUCAAAGCCACUUGCUCCUUAUAUAUGCUUAUUGGGUGAAGGUUUCCUGUUACCUUCCCUAGGUCAUCAGAUCCAGACAGCCAGUCAGAUGUCUACUAGUAAGCUGCCUCUCAGACAAGACUACUUUCAGUCCCUUAAGCCUUGAGCUUUAAAAAUCUGAAAAAUUACCUUCAUCUUCUCCAGUCUAUUGUUAGAUCAUAUUUGAGGUAUCUUUGCACUAGGAGCAAUUAUAAAAAUAUGCCAACUUUUCCUUUUUGAAAGUGGACUUGGCUAUCUCAAAUUGGCAUUUGGCCUGAAUCAUUUCCUGUAUAGAUAAUAGAGGCUGCAAGCUACUUUGCCAUUUGAAAGGAAGAAAAUUGAUGUGUAGAAUUUCUUAUAAGCAAUAAUUUUGAAAGAAUGUCCCUUUGCUAUAUUCAUAUGAGUAUAUUAAUGUCUAGUAACACAAGCAGGAUUCUAUAUAUAGUGAGAUUCUCGUUCAGUUGCUGUCUUAGGGUAUAAAGUUAGUGUGGAACUAUAUACGUACUAACUGCAUUUUAUAAUUUAAUGGUGACUCUAGAUAAGGGUUGCACUUCUCAGUGAAACUAAAUUUGGUAUGGGACCAAAUUCAUGCUUUCUUAGCUAUCUAAAAAGUGUUAUGUAAUGAAGUUGUUUCAAUGUAUUAAAUCCUACCAAAGGAAGGUAGUGACCUUGAUAAUGAAAUGACUGUGUAACGUUCCGUAUAUAUCUGCCUUUGUCAAGAGGUUGGGUUGCCUGGAGAACACAUGCCAUUUUCAGAGACACAUUAGAGAAUAAAAGGAUGACUGGGUGGA